AGAACUGUGCUCCAGAGUUUUUGAUAGCUGUGAUCUGGGUAGCACAGACAGUUUGCACUCAACUACUAACCUAAAGGUUGACGGUUUGAAUCCAUCCAGGGUGCUGUGAAAGAAAGACCUGGAAAUCUGUGACCGUGGAGAUUAUAACCAAAAAAAACCCUAUGGAGCAGUUCUACUCUGUAACAUGUGGGGUCACCAUGAGUCAGAAUCGACUUGAUGGUAAUGGGUUUGGUUUUUGGUUGUUGAUCUUUCAGAAGUAGAUCACCAAGCCUUUCUUCCAAGGCUCCUCUGAAUGUAUUUGAACCACCAACCUUUUAGUUAGUAGCCGAGUGCUUAAUCGUUUGCACCACCCAAAGACUUCGACAAACUCCUACUCAUGCAUUUGUACCCUGCUCACAUAUGACCUCCUCGUUGAAGCCUUCCUAACUCUCCCUCUUUCUCACUGCUGUUCUCCUUGGUGCUUCAUUCAAUCUACACCCACUGACUGAACCUCUUUGUGCUGGGUCUCUAGAAGUGACUCAGGGUCUGGGGUCUCUAGAGGCGAGUCAGGGCUGGCCUCUGCCCUUAAGGACCUCCAUUACAGCCCUGAUUGUACUGUUUUAGAAUCCGUUAUCUGUCUCCAUCAGGGACAUCUGUUCUCCCAGGGCUGGGGCCAGCCGUGCCCAUGUCAUGUGUAGUCCAGCAUAGCCUUAGGCAUGGGGUAGAUAGAGUCAUAGAUGCAAAGAAGGGUUUCCAGAAGAGCAAAUAAAUGGCAAGGUGCCUUAAGGGGGGUGGGAAAUGUUGAAGACAGCUUCUGCCGACUCCACAGUUUGUUCCCAUGGCCAACAUGACCGCUGUGGGCUUGGAUACUCCCAGAGGCCUCUGGGAGGAAGUGCCUGGGCCAGUCCCUGCCAGGACAGUUCCGUCACCACUCCGGAAACCCCCAUGGCCCUGGGCUCAGGGCUAAAAUCCAGACCCAAAGGAAAGUCCCUGCAGCAAGACCUUCCCACCCCAACUCCCAAGGAGGAGUCCACAGCCGAGGCAGCAGCUGGGGUGACUCUGAGGAUAACUUCACAGCUGGAAUCCCAGCCCACAGGGUGAAGAGUGAAGAGGGUAGGGCUGGAGUUGGCAGGAGCCCAGGGGAGAAAGGAAACAAGAAAAAAUCAAGGAAAACGCCUGGGGUUGGCUCAAGCCACAGCCACAGGCCAAGCCCAGGCUGGGUUACAGUUUUCUAGGACAGAUGGUCCUGCUUCCCAGCUCUCCUUCAGGGAGCUCAGGUGCCUCCAGAGACCCUCUCCUCUCAGUGCCUCCCAUAGAUUCUCACCGCCCUUGUCUGGUGACUCUGCCCCCUCAGACCUGCUCCCAGACUCCCAUCUGCCAUCCCACCUGCCUCCCAGACUCUGGGCUCCUGGCUGGGCGUGCUAUGGAGAGCUGGCUCUAGGGGGUAAGGCGGUAGGGAGUCUUUCCUGGCUGGCCCCCGUCAUCUUCUCCAGCCAGCUUUGGGGGAGAGGACUUCCGACUCCAUCCCCCACCUAGCCCAAUGACCAAUGACAAGGCAAUUUCCAGGAAGAAAGGGCUGGGAGUGGAAGGAAGUGCUGAGUCAGUCCCGGUGUGACGAUUACAGUGGGGGGAGGCAGCCAUGGGCUGAGGGGGUUAGGGGAAGGCUGACCCAUCUCAGGGCCAGGAGAGGCUCCAAGCUGAGGAGAAGGAAGCUAAAUACCCAACUCUCCAGGCGUUUCUUCAUUGCCACCUGCCCAGUUUCUAACCCUGCCCAAAUGCCCUUCCAGGACCCGGCCCCGCAGCCACCAGGCUGUCCAGGCCCUAGCUGAGGCAUGAGACCCUGGACACAAGGGGAGGUAGGGAGUUCAGCCUGGGCAGGGGGCAGUUGGAGGGUGUGAUGCUUGGCCUGAGUGACUUUUGGUCGGGCUGGGCAGAGGAAGUGGGCAUAGGAAGGAGGCACCGUCGGAAAUGUAAGGCAGUCUGCCCAUCCAGGCGGCUCAGGCUUCCAGCCCCCACCAUACCCAGGCUUUACACACAGCCAGAGAAGCUGCUUAAAGGGGCAUUUCAGCAAAUGAAAUCCUGUUUUAUAAAUGCUCAUGAAUUGCAGGGCCCUGUGGCAACAGUGGGUGUGUAAGUAAAGACCGCACUCAUUGGCGGUCCCGCCAAGCGACAUAACCUCGUCUGUGAACGGGAACAAUGUACCCUGCUACCUGAGGAUCAAAUGCAACAACAGUUGGGGAGUGUGGGCCCCUAGCUUGACACGAAUUCCUCCUUAGCUGUGGGCCUUGUCAGUGCCCAUGCUCUGGAUGGUGGUGGGGGCACACCCAGCACCGAGCGGCAAGCGCUGGACAGAAUCUUGUCACAUACUGGAGCACAGCAACUCCUCAGCCCUGGACCAAGGAGAAAUUUGAGGGGACAAGAUCAAAGAGCCUUGCUACCUACAAGACUUCCACCUUUCUGCUUCCAGUUUCCAGAGAGAAAGUGACUUUUGUCAUCUCAACUCUCCAACUUCCAUUGUCAAUCUCCAAUCUUCCUUUGUCUAAUUCCUUGGACCAACUCUGGUCAGGCCUCACACCCUAGUCCCUUUAACAAGUUCUGGUGCCUGAAACCACCAUCUGGAGCUGGUGUUCCGGUUGACGGUGGUGGAGAGGGCAGCGUGAGGCCUCGGUCUCGGCACCAGGCCCAGGUGCUGAGGUCACAAUGUCCACCAAAGUGCCUAUCUACCUGAAGCGCGGCAGCCGCAAGGGCAAGAAGGAGAAGCUACGGGAUCUGCUGUCCUCGGACAUGAUCAGCCCACCGCUGGGGGACUUCCGCCACACCAUUCACAUCGGCAGUGGUGGUGGUGGUGACAUGUUUGGCGACAUCUCCUUCCUGCAGGGCAAGUUCCACCUCCUGCCGGGGACAGCAGUCGAGGGGCCCGAAGAGGACGGCACCUUGGACCUCCCCUUCCAGUUCACACGCACAGCAACCAUGUGCGAGCGAGAGCUCCCUGACGGGCCGUCCCCACUGCUCAAGAAUGCCAUCUCCCUCCCAGUCAUCGGGGGACCCCAGGCCCUCACCCUGCCCCCCACCCAGGCCCCACCCAAACCCCCUCGGCUGCACCUGGAGACCCCUCAACCCUCCUCCCAGCCCUCCCCGCAGGAGGCAGGGGACGUGGACAUCUGGAGGACUCCAGAGGCUGGCCCUGCCCGCAACGGGCUGACCCCCCAGUCCGGGGCAGAGGAGCCCUUCCUGUCCCAUGCCAGCUCCCUGCUCUCCCUGCACGUGGACCUGGGGCCCUCCAUCCUGGAUGAUGUGCUCCAGAUCAUGGACCAGGACCAGGACCUGGACCGCGUACAGAUCCCCACGUAGCACCUGCAGCCAGGCCGGGCAGAUUCGGGGCAGUGUGUGGACACAGCCCUGGCCUAGGAGGCAGACCCCAGGUCCCACCUAUUUGGUGGUGGCCGUGGUUUCUCACUUUGAGCCUUUGUUUCUCUCCCUCCAUCCUCAUCCAUGGGCAGAGUGCCCACAUGGCUUCCCCCUAACAGCCCACCAAGGACAUGGGCAAGAGGCGCCGGCCCAAACAGCCCUGAACUCCCCAACAAUGGCUCUUCCUCUCCUCAGACUCCUUGGGUAAAGGCUGUGCUGAAGAGAACUCCCCUUCUCACCUCCUUUCUGCUCAGUCCAGUGGGGUGUCCUGACUGGUGCGGGGAGGUGGGGGUGAGGAAGGCAGGGCUCAGCCAGGUGGAGGUUUGGGACCUUUGGCUUCACAUCUUAGUCCGGGGGCAUCACAGCAGUGACUGAAGGUGUCCUGCUUAGUCCCCUUCCACAUGACUGGGGGAUUCUGGUUGUAAUAAAACUUGGUGCUGCUGGUGGCUGUCUUCC